AUGAGAAUAGGUCCAAUAAAGAUAAAACUUAAACCAUUACUUGUUUAUACCCCAAUUAUAUUUGCUCCAUUGGCUCUUUUUAAUUGGUAUGAAUAUAGAAAAUUGAACCUUGAGUUUAAGCACAAGGAAGAUGAAAUAGUUCUCCAAGCUCAAUUAAAAGCAAAUAAAAUAUCUGAUAAAUCAUUUCCAACUGUGUAUUUUGAUCCUUAUAAUCAAUUUUUUAUGGAGAUGGAGGAUUUAUAGGGCCAAAUAAAAAUAUUUGUAUUUUCUGAUUAAUCAACAUAUAAAAGGAUGCAUUCGACUUUGUAAAGCCAUCUUAGUAGAUUUCAAGCAAAUUACUUCAACAUUGUUGCCCAGAAACAAUUUGAUUCUAACUUAGGAGUAGGCAAUUAAAAAUCAACUCAAAUACUUACAAUUGAAAACCAGAUUGAAAAUUAAGUGAUAGUUACAUAUAACAAUGAGAUUAUAUUUUCUGAUAAGUUAUUGGAGAGAAAUGAUAAAUAAGUGUAAGUAAUUGAAAGAUAGAUUUCAAAGAUGAUUGAAAAGGAAUUUUUGAGUAAAAUAAAAUUUUGA